AUGGAGCAGACAUUCUUUUUCGUGGAUGGCUUACACGCCGAUAGGAACUCGAAGAAGCUCAUGCGACAACAUGUCAUGAAAGGUAAAAAUGCAGGCAAAACAUUUCGCCGGCCGUCGCGAGUUGGCCAAGUCGUUCGGUACCACGCGUUGGAAAGAAUAGCACGUCCCAUCGGCACUCAAUUCUUUACCUUUCCGUUUCCUGUACCGGUGACCAAAGUCGCUAGCAAAGCUUUGCAUGAUUUCUUUAAUAUUACCAUCAAUCUGGUUUAUCCGACGCAGCUGGGAUUCGAUAUUGAGCAGUACAAGCUACGAUGGCUUGAAAUUAUGUUUCACAGCAAACCCGCAUACGAUUGCUCUUUGGCUCUAAUACAAUCAUCCAACGAGACAUAUCUCGGCGCGGGUUACAGUUGCUCAAAUUCUCUUUCAUGUCUAUCGCAAACUCUGGACCAACUAGCAAAACGACUGUCGAGCAGCGAGGCUUUGUCAGACCAUACACUUUCUAUCGUCAUGACGCUCAUCAAUCAUGAGCAAGUGGCGGGGCACUACGUCGAAGCUGAGGCUCAUGUGAAGGGUAUGAAGAAAAUUGUUGAUCUCCGUGGGGGGUUGAACAAGAUAGAAGAUGGUGCUGUAGCGGGCAAGAUCUGCCGGACUGAUAUUUUAUUUACCUUGCAACAAGGCGACCAUCCACUGUUUUAUCGCGACAAAAUAGAUGGCAUGCAAAAGUCUCUGUUAUCCCGAGGAUUCACAUUACAGAGUGUAGAAACCAGCCACUUCCGGACGAAUGAGCCUGUACUUAAAAAAGCAUUUUCUGAUCUCAUGGGUGUCUGCGACCUGUUCAACAACCACAUCGACAAGAAGCCCCUCGAUCUGAUUGAAUUUCAAGAGAUUUUGAUAUCUAUCUGUUAUCGACUGCUACAGUUCAGAACGCUGAAUAGAUCCAGGUUAAUAGGAGACGCAGACUCAGCACAUCACAUCGGAUUGUUGGUAUUCAUGAUGUCAAUGUUUUGGAAUAAUCAUCAAAAUCGACUUGCCAAGCCUGGACUGAUAGCAGCUUGUAUCAAAGAAGCUUUGGAGAUGGCGGAUGAUCUUGAGAAUGAAUUUGUCUUUUGGAUGUUGGUUUUGGGAGGGAUUUCUGUGUCUGGGAAUGAGGAUAUAGAGUGGAUAGUGGUGAGAUUGCAUGAAAAGGCACGGCAGCUGGGUGUUGUAACCUGGGAUGAUGCACGGGAUUUGUUGCACAAGUUUCCCUGGAUGACCGUCAUUCAUGAUACAUCGGGACAAACACUGUGGAACAAGGUGCGGAGUUUGGAUAUGGAGUUAAAUCACGGAGUUACGACUGAAGGAUGA